UGUCCACGCAAUUAUUGAUUCUAUCUGUUUCUUUCCUUCUUAAGAAACAGAGUCUUGCGAAACGUUUCGCGCGGGAAAAAACACUUGCUAUACUGUACCCUCGGAGAAACUUAUUCGAGUUCCCAACCCUCGAGAGCCCGACCGACGUCGUCUCUCCGCUGCCGCGUUCUUCGCCGUUGAGAGUUCCCGAUCCUCGAGAACCUACCGACGCCGUCUAUCCGACCGCGCGUUCUUCACUGUGGAGCAGCAGUUCUUCGCUAGUGCGUUCCUCUCGGCGGACGCAGUAGAAUCCAUUGCGCGCAGCUUAUUCCGGAAGCACGACAAGAUGUAUCUUGAUGCAAAUGAUCUUAACUUGGGCUCUAAGAAGUCUCUGUGCUCCUUGGUUUUCCAGUAGAGGCAUCCUUUCAUAGUGCAUUGGACCUACUUUCCGUAUGGAUUACAGGGAUGCAUGAUGAUGGAUUGGGACAUGCUUGUUUUCAUUGAGAUAGAGAUUUAUUAAAUAGCAUUUUAUUCACAAUUGCACACUUCUACACGAGCCAUUUUGAGAUAUCAAGAUGGGUGUUCAAAAGAAUUGAUAGAGCUCAAUAGGCUUGUCCUGGUCGCAUGAAUGGCUACUGUCUAACAGUCGCAAUUUUUAACCUAUAAGCACCGUCCCUAUUUGGAUUUUACCAUUCACUUGUUUGCAUGUUGUCUCUUUGAGCUUAACUUUUCGAGCGCUUCAAGAUUUUAUUUAGCUUAUGUUUAACCUUUUUUGCAUUUAUUUGUAUGCACUUCUUUCAGUUAAAACAUGGGUCUUUUUUUUUCCAAUAAAAGCUUUAGGAUCUAUGCAAGCCUCCAGCUUAAAAAAUUCUUUGCAUCUUAUUGCAGGCUGGUCCUAAAUUUGAAUGCUUUUAUCUCACUAAACUGGAAAGGAUGGCCAACAUAACAGUUUGUGUGAGGUUUAGACCUUUCAUUUCAAGUGAGAAAAAACUUCAUGGUGAAUCUACAUGCAUUCAGGCCUUGGACGCACAGUCUUUUGCAUUCCAGGAUGAGAAGGGAGAAGAUGCCAUCUUUUGCUUUGACAAGGCAUUCUAUCAAGAUUCUGACCAAGUAGAAGUCUAUGACUUCCUUGCAAUGCCGAUAAUUGAAGGUGCCUUAAAUGGAAUAAAUGGUACGAUUCUCAUUUAUGGUCAGACUGGGGCUGGAAAAACUUACAGCAUGGAGGGCCCUAGUGUCUUAGAUGAGGAUCAAAAGAAAAAGGGUCUUCUUCCACGUGUUGUUGAUGGACUUUUUGAAGGCAUGAAAUCUUUUAGUGAAUUGACCAAGUGGACAGUGAAAUUAACAAUGGUGGAGAUAUAUAUGGAUAAGAUAAGAGAUCUUUUUGAUGUAUCGAAAGACAACAUUCAAAUUAAGGAGAGCAAGUGCCAAGGAAUAUUUCUUUCUGGAGCAACUGAGAUGCUCAUAACAAAUGCUGCGGAAGCCCUUCGAUGCCUACAUCGUGGAAUAGCCAAUAGAGCUGUUGGCGAAACUCAAAUGAAUGUGGCGAGUAGCAGGAGUCAUUCUCUCUACAUAUUUUCUGUUCAACAGGAAUAUGUAACAGAUGGAAGGUCAAAAAUAGGGAAGGCGGUUCUUGUGGACUUAGCUGGCUCAGAAAAAACUGAGAAAACAGGUGCUGUUGGAACACUACUUGAAGAGGCUAAGAGCAUAAAUAAGUCCCUUUCAGCAUUAGGAAACGUUAUCAAUGCACUGACAACUGGGAAAGUGAACCACAUUCCGUAUAGGGAUUCUAGACUCACCCGGAUCCUUCAAGAUGCACUGGGUGGAAAUUCCAGAACUGGAUUGCUUUGCUGCUGUUCCCCUUGCUUGACAAAUGCUUCGGAAAGCCUCUCCACAUUUCGCUUUGGAGCUAGGGCAAAGCUAUUAAAAUCUUCACCGAGAACCAACAAUAUAGAUGCAAAAGACGACAAGGAGCAGACAACAGAUUCUCAAAUUCAAGUGUACGAACAUGCAGUAACAAUAUUAGACAAGAUGGAGGAGAUUACUACCUGUCAAACUCCAGUGUGUACAUACGAAACACUAUUGGAAAAGCUGAGGCAGAAUCUCAGUGAUGAAAAUGUUGACAUGUUGGAACGGUUGUUCAAGCAGGAGGGCCUCAUUUUUGUUCCUCGAACUGUUGAAGAACUUGAAGCAGCAUUUCAAGAUGUAAGAGAAAAGACAAUUUCAGCACUGGAACAAAAGAUCGAAAAGUUCAGGGAUGCGAAUAUUGAGCUGAUGAGAGUGAAUCAUGCCCUCCAAGCUGAACUUGCAAUUGCUCGGGAGGUUGCGCUAAAAGUGGCUGAUCCAGUUGCAAACGCUCCUUGGUUCCACAAGAUCAUGAAAUCUUUUGCUUCUUAUGUCCCUUUCAUUUAAUUUCCUCUAAGAAGGUGAAGCAAAUUGGAAACCUUAUGUUACUACAUUUUUUAUUGAUACACAAACAACACUUCUUUAACAAACAUUCUUGAAACUUUAUUCGAUCAAGGACUUGCAAAAAUACCAUUGUUUGAACAUAUU